AUGUUUCAUUUCGCUCUGCUAUUUUUGCUGUCUUCGAUCGUCCAAUUCGCCUCCGCCGAACUAUAUGUAGCUUCUCCCGACUCAUCCACAACUUGUUCAGCGGGGAAAGCAUGCACGGUCACCUGGCUAGACAAUGGCGUCGCACCAACAUUAGAAACUAUCGGGGUAUGCACCGUGGGCUUGUACCAUGGCACUCAGCAAUUGGUCCAGAUGAUUGACGCUGUCAACGUCGCAACAUCACACUCGUUGUCCUUCACUCCCCAAGCCAACGCCGGACCCAAUUCCGAUUCAUAUUACAUCGCCUUGAAGUCCAAGACCCAAACCGGCAACUCGACUUCAGACUACGUGGGUUUCUCAGCGAAUUUCAGGUUAACCGGCAUGACCGGCUCCUUCGACUCGCCUGUACCAUCAUUAACGUCGUCGAUCGCCGUCCCAUCGUCCUUGACGGAUAGUAACGCUAUCUCAACCAGCACCCUACCUGGCACUGUCACCAUCUCUGUGUCGAGUGCCACAACAACACCAACCCAGACUUCGCCGUCGUCUCGCAUGACGACAUCAUCCGCACGCUCAUCCUCGGCCGCGUCGAGCGCAAGUGCCGCCGGUGCAUCAUCGAGUGCCAGCGCGUCGGCUGCUGGAGCAGCAUCAUCAGCUCUAGUUUCUAGACCUACCCUUGGUCUGGUAUCAGCAUUCUUCCUCUCCACCCUGGCUUUCGUUGCGUAUGUCUGA